CAACAAGCCCCUCCCAGGACAGAAGCUAGCAGGAGACACUCAGCAUUCUCCAUCUCGACAUUCGAAAUAUCAUGGUGGUCAUCAACUCAACCUCUCAAAUCGCCAACAAGGUCACACGCUCGAAAGUCUCCAAGAGUCUCAAACGUGACAAGGCCCAAGCGAAGUUAACCCGGCGAGUCCAACAGAAGAAGGCCGAAGCAGCUGACCCCUCCCUUCGGGAGGCACGACUGAAGGCCAAUGUCCCUCGAACGAUCGAAAGAACAAAAGAAUGGCUUGGUGAUGAUGACGAUGACGAACGGAUGCUGCCGGUGAAGGUGGAAUAUUCAGCGCAGACAGAGGAAGGCGCCGAUGGAGCCGAACCGGGAUUGGAGAAUGUCCAUUUUGAUAUGGGCAGACUUCAUGAUCUCUUUUCCCCGUACAUGAACGAAGAAAUCUAUCCAUCUGCUCCCGCUGAUGAGCCCCCAAACCCAGAAGAGGAACCGCAUCCAGAGCAAGGUACCAGUCAACCUGAACCCGCAGCUCAACCUGAACAGCAGCAACCAAGAACAUUAAUCACAACCUCACCAAGACCUUCAGAAUUCACCCUGGCGUUUAUUCACGAGCUCGGUGGCUUAUUUGGAGGAUCGAGAAACUGUGAUAUCAUCCCUAGGAAGACGAAGCGCUUCGAAUUAACUCGUGUCUGUCGUUGGGCCUGUGAGCGAGGAUACGGAAGCAUGGUUGUGAUUGGAGAAGCUCAUGGUGGCCGUAAUCGGAGUGGUCCCACACAUAUGACGAUUUCCAGAUUACCGUACGGUCCUACGGCUUCGUUCAGGAUGACCAGUAUCGUCCCGAGUAAGGCCAUCCCCGGACACGCUAAACCAACCUCACAUUUCCCCGAACUUGUGCUGUCCAACUUCUCGACUCCGCUCGGUCUGAGCAUCGGAACUCUGCUGCAAUCCGUCUUCCCCCCUCUUCCUGAACUUGAGGGACGACAGGUCGUGAGCAUGCAAAACCAGAGAGAUUUUGUAUUCUUCCGUAGAUACCGCUACGUCUUUGCUGAGCGAGAAAAGGUAUUUUUGAAUAAGGGAGAUGAAACCAUCAGGACUCGACUUCAAGAGAUCGGACCCCGAUUCACAUUGAAAGUUAGAUGGUUGAAGCGAGGUACUCUAGCUGGCGGAUUGAACCAAAAUGUCUUGCCAGGACAGAUAGGCAAAGAGCGAAAAUUAGGGGAGCUGGAGAGGCAGCAAGAAGCAAGUCGAGCGGGUCGCCGACGGCAAGAAAGAAGCAAGGACGCAGACAGUGCUGCCUCGAAAGCUUUAACCACCGACCCGACAGCACUUUCAACAUCCACCUCAGAAACUACCAAUCCAACUUGUCAACCCACGACUUCCAAAAAAAGGAAGCAGAAAUCUAAAACAUCUGCCGGAAUCGAAGAGAAAUUCUUGAGAGGAGAGAGGUCUGACUCCGAAGAUCCGGAAACCUCGGAGCAGCCCAGGAAAAGUGGAGGGUUGAAUGAGUUCAUGAAGAAUGUCAAGCAAAGGGCUUGUCAAGGUCGCAAUACCAGUCGUGAGUUGGAAUGGGAAUGGAAGCCAAACAUGGGAGUAUCUCGUCGAAAAUUCUUCCUCUAAACAGAUUUCGACCAAACUUCAUGGCAUUCGACACACUGUUAACCUAUCAUUUCCCCUCGAAUUUCUGCAAAGAGUCAAUGUUUUUAAGAUGAACUACAACUGUUUUCUCUUGGCUUGCAAGAAAUUGAAAAAUAAAAUGUGAUACAAUAUUUAUUGUUACCAUACCGGUUCUAUGUAGUCACAACCAACUGCCGAUUGAACAACACUUUUCUUUGUUCUAAAGCAAAAAAGUACUACAUACGGAUUGAGGA